AUGGAGGAGGAACAAAUGCACAAGAGCGAUAAAAAAGAAAAUGAAAUUCAUCAAGGAAGAGAAAAUUGUAUAAACAAGAAAAGGCUCUAUAUUAUACACGAAAUGCCGUAUGCAGAUUUUUACAACUUUGAUUAUGAACAAAUUGACACAUUUAAUGAAUCAAAGGAUUUGCACUACAUCAAUGGUGAUACGUCAUCGUGUGAUGACAUUGAUGAUGUUAACAAUAAUGAUGAAACAGACACCCUGACUAGAGAUAGUUACUACGAUGUAGGAAAUCAGGGGAAGAAGGACGACGUCGAAGAGAGUUAUGAGAAGUGUGGAUGUAAUACUUUUGGAAAAAAUAUAAAUAACGAAUCUAGUGAAGAAAGUCUGUCAGAUAAAAUGGGGAGUGUUAGAAUUCAUCCAAAGAAGGGAAAAAGAAUAAAAAGAAAAAACGAAUUUUUAAAGCAAUGUGAAUUUAACAGAGAUGGGAACUGCUAUUACACUAUUUCGAGUAGCAACUAUUUGCGUUUAUUUGCAACGGAUUUGUUACUAUUAGAUUUUUUAGAUAAUCAUAAAGAGGAGAGAAUAAACUUAAAUAUAUUGUAUGAUCAAUAUGAAAAUAUGAACAAUGAAGAAAAAGGAAAAAGAAACAGUAGCUGGAUCAGUAUACAAUAUAGCGAACAUAUUUAUGACUGUAAAUUUUAUCCAUUUUUUGAAUGGAACAACAGGAAUACAUGCUUUUUUGCAGUGUGUGCAAAAAAUAAGCCGGUGUGUUUACACAGUGCAUAUGAUGGGUCUAUUUUAAUGUCGUUUAAAACAUUAAACGAUUGUUAUGAAUUAUGUAACUGUUAUUCGUUAUGUUUCCAUCCUGAGAGGAAUUGGUUAUUAUGUGGUACGAACGCGAAAUCAAUUAAAGUUUUUGAUUUUUGUAAACCGAGUGAAAUUUUAGAAAAUCGAAUUUUAAGUACAAGAAAAGGGAAGGGACAAAAGGGAAUUAUAUCAACCAUGGAAUAUAAAAAAAAAGGAUAUGGAGAAAAUUCUAUAUAUGCAGUUGGGGAUUAUAAUGAUUGUUUAUAUCUCUAUGCAGAUAAUUGUGAUCAUAAAAAUGAUUACAUUUUAAAAUUUCAAAAUAAAAAAAAAAAUUCCAAUGGAAUAACAUGUAUUAAAUGGUUUGAUGAAUUUUCCCUAUUAAGUGGUAGCAGAAAUGGAUCACAUAUUUACCUUUUUGAUAUGAGAAAUAGCACAGAUUAUGUACAAAAAUUUGAAAGACUUGCCUUAACAAAUCAGAAAUAUUUAUUUGACAUAUAUCAGAAUUUUCUCGUAAGUGGUGAUACAUUUGGUUAUCUAAAUGUAUACAACAUUGAUGAUAACCAAUUAAUCCAUAAACAGUUAAUCAAUAAGUACUCUCCAAUCAUAUCGGUUAAUGCCCAUCUAACGUAUCCUUUACUUUUAACUGGAUCUGGAACUAGACGAUUUUACGAAAAUAGCAAUAGCCAAAUUGAUAUAAUGACAAAUCUAUUUAGUAAUAGAAAAAACUUUUCGGAGGAAAAGUUAUAUCAGAAUUUAGACAAUGGUGUAUUUCCUUCUCUUUUUCCUUCUGUAUCACAGUAUAUUAAUAGCACCUGUAUUAUUUUCUGCGAUUUUUUCUGA